UUGACAGACUGCGCGAAUCAUCGCGACACAUGAAAGUCACCGGUAAAACUAUAACACUGUUAGUUAUCCGAUCUAGUAGGCUUUAAAAAAUAUAUCGCAGUGUUUAACGAAGGAGUUUUUUCAGGUUUUUAUUGAAGUGGCGGUAUUUUAGUCACGAUGUUAGCUAUGACAAAGCGUUUUAAAGCCGUUUAGAAACAAACUCGGAGCUCGUUAGAGCAACCUUACAGUUACAGUAGUAUCUCAUUGAAUACAAAACAUAGCUUUUAUUUCUUUUUUCUUAGAUUUUUCUUCAGAUUAGAAAUGGCACGAAGUGUAGGUCGAAUAUUCAGCGGAUUUCGGUGCUUCGGUUCUCUCCCAUUCGGGAAUCCACUACUGAAAACACAAUGUUCCGGUGUUUUAUUCAGGACCACCUCAGAGCGGACCUUGGUGCAUGUGCUCCCAAAAAUCUUUCCCCGAAAACCUCGAGACUUCAGCCUGCCCAACUCGUCAUGGGGGAAAGAGAUGAUGGAGCUCUACAACCAUUACAACAGGCUGAGUAAGGAGGCGACAGAAGGGCAAGAGGACCAUGGAGAGGAGUGGACAAGACUGCCAAGCUACAAUCGGACUCUAAAGUAUGCAACAGGGGGAGCGUAUCUCAGCAAGAUAAUCCAGUCAAAAGCUCGCCUUUUCACCCGGAACAUCAGGGACCCUGGAGCAGCGUUUGAGUACGUUUUAUUUUUCAGACAAGACAAGCUCAAGUGUGUGUGCAUCUUCCAAGCUGGACACCUUUUGGAGGGACCGCCAGGACAUGUCCACGGGGGGGCAAUAGCCACCAUGAUUGACACCGUCACAGGAACGCAUGCCUCUCUGCUUUCCGCACCGGUUAUGACCGCCAACCUUAACGUCAAUUACCGCAGUCCCAUCCCACUUGGAAGUACUGUGCUGAUUGAAUCCAUUCUGGACAAAGAGGAUGGCAGAAAAAUGUAUAUUUCAUGUAGAGUGACCAGCACGGACGGCUCCAAACUCCACACAGAGGCAACAGGUAACUGUCCUCAGUGUCACUUCCAUUUCUGUCAUGCUACCCUCUGCAUUGUCACCCUUCUUCUACUUCUUUUUCUCCAUGCAGCACUGUUUUUGUCAAUCAGUGUCAGCAACCUGCUGAGAAGGUGAAGCAGCAGGCCAGGCUGGCAUAACAGAGGCCAGAACAAGCCAGUGUGUUUGACUUUGUGAAAAAUUGGUUUGGAUUACGGACAUAUUUUCUAGACCGUCUUGAAGAAACCUCACUAAAUAUAAUCUUGUAGUACAUGCUAAUAUGUCACUACUAACAGACUGAACUUGAAUGCCUUUGCAUAAUGGUAUUAACACAAAAACACCACAUAUCAAAAUGUUAAGGUGUUAUUGACUGUAUUUUGAGUUACCCAGGGGCCUUACAGUUCAACGCUUCCCCUGAGAUAUUUUGUAUAUUUUUUUCUCCAAGAUCAAAGUCUCUUGUGUGGAUAUUAUUUUUCAUUGAAGAAAGAAAAAAAUAUCGAUGUAAAUAAAAACUCUUAUGUUAUGUGGUUUUGCUCUUUUUAAAGCCCAAAUAUUUAUUCUGUGAUGUGCUUGAAUCUGGGAUAGGAAGUGCUUGUCAUUUUUUGGUGAUUCUGCUCAAGUAUUUGUCACAAAGAACUCUAAACCGCUUUAUUUAAAAGAGUUUUGGUACUGCCAGUAACAGAAAAAAGUAACAGAAGAGAUGAAAGAAGGAUGCUUUUGAAUUUGGUCGUCUUUCUAAUGAGAAAGCGUGAGUUUCAUGCUUCUUGUAUUACACCUUUUACUCAUUUUUUGAGCUUUGAUUGUCAGGUGUGGGUUGUUAGCUGUUACCCCGCCAUGUGGUGUCUGUGGUCGGUUUAGAAUGUGAAAUGUAGCUUUUUUCACCAACAGAAUAUCGUAACUUAGUCAUGAAGACAUGAGGCCUUCAAAAACAAGUUCAUCACGUCGGCCAAUGCCGCUCACGCUGGCACUUUGAGCGUGUGUCUGCAUUUAGAAAUGACUGUGGCGUGUUGCAGCGAGCCGUAAAAAGUAACGGCUUCCACAUCACAGAGAGGCACGCUGCUCUGGCAUCCACUGCAGACCACGAAGUUAGAAAAACUGAUGAUAUGCAGCUGCUUUCUUUUCUUUAAUGCGUGCGAUGGGACUUUGAAAGGGGUAUGUAAUAGCAAAAAUGUUCAAUAUCUGUUUGUUGUUAACAAAAAUUGGAAGAAAAAAUUUCCCAAUUUGCAUCAUGGGGCUGAUGAAUGAUUUCAAAAAACACAAUUAUUUUAUUAAAGAGAAAUUCUC